CACGGUAUACAGGGUAACCCAAGUGCAAGAUCGAUUUAAUUCGCUGUAGUGUUGUAAUUCACCGGUUGUUUGACUGGCCACUGUUGCUUGUUCACUGUGUAAACAUACAUAUUCAAAUUAUAUUUAACAACAUGGAUGACAUAUGCAAGAAAUUACCUUCCAACGUAUUGAAGGCAGAAGAAUUGUUGCGUAGUAAAGGCAUCAGCACUAAUGUAUUAGAAGAAUGGGAAAAGUCGCUUCAAGCUCUUCCAAAGAGUGGAAAAAAGCACUUUGAGCCUAAUAACUCGUGGCUCGAAAAUGUUCAGAUUGAAAAAGGACUCAAGACCCGUAGGAACUUGUUAAAUAUUGAGAGGGUUGAACGUGUCUCAGAAUUAGCCAGUGCUGAGUGGAUUCCAUCCCAGAAGAAGGCUCUUGUCACCAAGAAAUCUGGCCAGGAUUGGUCUAGUUUUGGCAUUGAUAAAAAUGGUUCUUUAUAUUUGAUACCAGAAGAGGCAUUGUUUCUUCUAGAAACUAAUUGCCUUGAACUCAUUUGGAAUGGUGUACCAUGUUCAAUACAACAAGCAUAUGAGAUUUUAAUUGAUGAUGAAGUAUGUACUUUAGAUGAAUAUAGAGUUUAUAGUCAAUUAACACGUUGCGGUUACCGCAUGCAGCGAUAUGUUUAUGAAGAAUCAGUUAAGAAUGAUAAAUCAGAUGAUUCAUCUGUAAAAAAGAAAGUUAUUGUUGAUCCUGAGAAUGGACUAAGAAUGUACGACAGUCAAACUCCGAAUCAACAAAUUUCAGAGAGAUUAAAAGAGACCUUGGAGAAAGAUGCAUCACAGACAAUAGAUUUAUCUGUCACAAUGCCUAACACAAAAGACUGUUCAGAUACUGUGGAACAAGCGAUACUUGAUGUCAUGGACUAUAUUCUCUGUAAUAUAGAAGAAGGAGAAAAUAAUUUAGCUACUUCGCAGCUAACAGAGAGCAAUAAGAAACAAAAGAGUGAUAUGGAUGGUGAGGAGAAGGGUCAAAAUUCAAAACUGGAAAUUAUAUCCGACGAGAUUCUGUUGGGCAGUAUUAAAAUCCUAACUGAUACGACUUCCAGUCCUAAGAAGGAAAGUGUUACACCAUCGAAAUGGCUGGGUGCUCGCAUCCAACGUAACGUCAAACUGUUACCCAAGAGGAGCAACAAAGUAUCGCAUGUUGAGAUCUCUGUAAUCGGCUCCAGUAGUACGAGUGGAAAGCUCAGGAACCAUGGAAAGCGGAAGACGGUCGCGACGACCAACGAAUCAUCGGAUACGAAAAAGUCGAAAGAUGAGGUAAUUGAGUUGUCCGAUGACGAGAUUCAGGAAUUACCGCACACAAUGACGAGAAUGGAAAUGUUAAACUUGCUGCCGAAUAUCGCCUAUAAAUCGACCAUGAAGAAGAUUUCCACGCGGUAUAUACCGCGCAACGUGAAGCCGCAGAGAAACAUCUAUCAGUACAAUCAAGCGCAACUAUCGCACAUGCAACAGAACGACAGGCAAGCGCGACAGAAGUGCAAGGGUAUCGGCAACAACUCAAAUCAGAACGCGUUUCGCUCGAACGCUUCCUCAAGCACAAAUCUCAGGGCUGUUGUCGGCAACAACAGAAGCUCCGCUUAUCCGAAUCAACAUACGCGUCCGCUCCUGUGCAACCCACCGCGGCCGUUUCACCCGAUAAAUCAUCUGAUGCACGGACCGCACAUCGGCUUUCCUUAUGCAUACCACGGAUUCCCGUUCGGCUGCAACCAAGGAGUGUACGCGCUCCAGAACAGAUUAACGCUGAUGCAGCAAAACGUGUUUCAAAAUAUGCUCGUCGCCUUCGAGAAUCACGGUAACGCCGUGCAGCAGACUAGAAGCCUCACCAUACAGAUGAACAACUUUGCGAUGCCGUUCACAGGACUGUAUCGAACAAGAUGUCCGGAGAACCAGUACAGCCGACAGGCUGUCUAUCGAAACUUUCCCUCGCAACAAAGGACGUUUUGUCAGCGACGUCCAGAGAACGCGUCAACGAUGCAGAGCAAUGCACAUUUCAUCGGGAAACGUCGAUGCGAGAAUGUGAAAAAGAAUAAUAAUCGUGAAAUCACUAACCGGCCGUCCUUCACGAUACAUCCAGGAGUCAGUUCGUGGGCAGAGUUAAAGCAGAAAUGGUGCGAGGAGAAGACCAUCACGAUUGACGACGAGGAUUGUAAGAGCAGAAACGAGAGUGGAGAGGAAGUGCAGGUUGUGGAGCAGUUUGUGAAACCGUUAGUGGGACCCAGACAUGCAACGUCGCUCGCGGAGGUUUGCAAUAAGCUCGCUAUAAUAAAAUCUGCGCCGGAGAAGACUUUCAGAAGGAAGAAGAGCAAAUAUAAGAUAUCGUACAACGUGUACUCGUGUUCUCAUCACUAUAAAAAAUCGAAUCCCGGUCAACCAUUGUAUAGCGUGGUAGUGAUAAGGAAGGAGAAUUCGUUUCUCCAACCAGUCGAGCUAAAUCGUCUGCAACAGGAUGCGAAAGGUUCUCAAAUAAUAUUGGCCUGUGUCUCGAUGUCGAUAUCAUACAUUCAACCAGGUAUUAUAACGAUGCCAAACAUUAUCUAAUCCAGAGAACAUUGCACCAGCUGCAAGACUAUUUUUCUAAAAAUAGCUGGUCACUCGACAAACCCCUAUUGUGUAAUACACUUUGGUUGUGUGUAGUCCUCAAAAUGUAAAUUAAAAAAAAAAGUAUACAUAUAUCUCAUUUUAUAUUACAAUAGUAUAAUUGUUUGUACCACAAUAUUAUACAUUAAAUAA